GAUAUUAUUAUACUACGUUCGCGAAAGUUUCACGAUACAUUAGUCACAGAGUUUAUCAAUGCACACUUUGAAGUAUCGGUACUUGUUUAGCCUAAUUAAUGAAGUUUCAUCGUUUUUCAUAAGUGCUGCUUGUGAAACGGAGCGACACCUACGACAAAACAAAAUAUAAGUCUGCUUUUAACAGAAACAACAUGUGAACUUGUUGUUGUAAACACAAUUUAAAUUUUAUGACUCCAAGCCUACCUUUAUGCUUUUGCAGUGAUUUUUUUGAUACUUAGCUUUUUCAUAAGUUUAUUUAUCUUUUUUAGCUUUUUAUAAUGGAUGAAAUGGCUCAGAAUUGUGAUGACGAACUGAUAAUAGUGAAUAGAAGAUGUGACUAUUGUGUCUCUAAAAAGUUUAUUUGUUUGGUUGUGCCUUAUUUUAAAAAAUUGUUUUCUGACGACGAAUGGGAAUCAAGGGAAAACAAAGUGACUUUGGAUUUUGAUGAACGUGCCUUUGAUGCUCUUCUUAACUGGAUUCACACAGAAAUAUUCAUCAUUCAAAUGGAUUAUGUGAUAAGUUUCUAUGAAGCAGCUAAGUGUUUGAGGAUAAGCAAGCGUUUGUUUAAACCUUGUUUUGAGUAUUUCCAUAAAAAUUUUACCAUAAAAUAUAUUCCAAUUGUUUUGACUCAAGUCAAAAAAUCUUCCAAAUUGAUAACUUCAGGAGCUGUUAAUAGUUUCAUUUGUCGCCAUUUCUUGAAGAUCGCUAACACGAAUGUUUUCUUGGAUUAUCCAGUUGAAACGCUUGAACAUAUUCUCAAAUUAGAUUUAAUGAUCUACUCUGAAUAUCAAGUUUUUGAAUCAAUCAUGAAAUGGGUGCAUAAGAAUGUUGAUUCAAGAAAAGAAUUUCUUUCAAGGCUAUUGAGACUCGUGCGUUGGUCUUUUAUGGAUCCUGAUUCAAUCAUCUCCUCUAAUGGCGACUGUGGAUUUAAUCGUACUAAACAAAACUACUUCGUCUCACUCCAGUGAUUAGGUAAUUUAAAGUUACGGAUAAAUAUAUUCGAUAAAAAACUAUUCUCAUUGCCGAUUGGUGAUUUUACUAAAGAUGAUACAAUGUCAACCCAAUUCGUUCAUGGAGAAAACAUUUCAGAUAUUUUAUUUGAUUCUGGAAGAAAAGGUAUUCGAGUUGACUGGAACAAAAAGACAUUUAAACGGCUCGAUAAUGAAGAUCAUAAACCCUACUACCCGUUAAUUAAUAAAUUGAUUGUCGAUUUUCAGGAUGAUCGUAGUCAGCAUUCCUGCUAUUUGGAUGCUAAAGCUACUCCACUUGGCAAAACCAUUCCCAGUAACUCAUAUUUAUUGCUUGAAUAUAAUGAUGGAUUUGUCUACAUCGGAGAAACUCGUAACGCCAGGGAAUAUUUCGGUAUUUUCCCAGCGACACAUGCAAAAUGGUUCAAGUGCUAUGCGGAUGAAUAUGAUGAGGAAUUCAAGGCAACUAUUUUGGACAAAGUUGUUUAUGUAUUCACGUCGGAUGAUGAUUUUUUCCAAUUUAAUAUGGAAACCCGUUCAUACAAAAAGAUCGAACUAUUUGAAGAGGCUGAUGAUUUGUCGGUUGAAGACAUAUUCUUAACUUCUCUUCAUACAGAAGAUGAUAAAAUAAUUCUGAUUGAUAGAUGCACCGGAAAAUUUUAUGUUUAUUGCAUUAAACAGAAGAAAUGGUUUGAAAAAUAUAAUAUUUUAAAUGUAAAUCCUAAUUCCAACGAUUCUUAUGAAGGUGUUGAUAAGUUGAUUGCCUUCACCUCUACGUUUCUACCGAUGAAAAAUAUAAAACCAUUGUUUAGGCGAGACUUUCUGUAACUCUUUCAGCUUUUUAACAAUAUAAUAUAAUCAGAAGUGAAUAUUAUUAAUGUGAAUUUAAUUUCCGUUUUAUGGAAAUAAUAAUACAAAUUGUGAUUCAACACUCAUGCAAUACAAAGUGUACAUUAACAUUGAAUCCUUUUAUUUUAAAAAAUGCAACCUUUUACACAAAUAA